AGACGAACCAAUCUCUCCUUUGGUUGGGACUGAGAUGACAAGAACAGGCAACUUGUAAAAAAUGAACUUUCUUAAGAAUAAAGAGGCAUUUUAUCUUGCGUUUCUACUAUCUUUUCCAACUUUAAAUGUUGCUGGACCUCUCCAUGCCCAGUGUAGACUCGAAUGGUAUGUACUGGUUUUCUUGACUUAAAUAUCUGGAUAUUAAUUAAUUAAUGCUCAUUGUUUUUAAAGUGCCAGGGACUGGGUAGAAGAAGAAGGUGGAACAUUGAUGUAGUAAAUUGCAAAGUUAAAAUAAAAUGUUCAGUAUUCCAGAAUGUAUCUGCUUGUUUGUAAUGUAAUAUCAGUAUAUAGAAUUUGAUUAAUUUCUUUAUUUUUGAUUCACAAGGAAACAGGCUGGCAUGCAGCAUAUGAUCAAAUCCCUGCUUUCAAAUGAUUUUUUAGGCAUGCAUACUGCAUAUGAUCAAAUCACUGCUUUUAAAUAGUUUUUAAAACAUGCAUACCGCAUUUGAUCAAAUCCCUGUUUAAACAUAUUUUUUUUUAGCUUUUCACAAUUCCCCUUCUAACUGCUUUAAGUCUAAACUUUUUUGAGCUGCAGAGCUAGCUUCUGCAGCCGAGCUGACCCACAUUCAUUUGCCCAGCACAAAAUGAUCAAUCAUAUUAAAAAGUGUGAAGUUUAUUUGACCUAAUGAUAGAUUAUGAUGACUAUAUAGCCGAUAUACUAUAACACAGAAAAAAAAGCACACUCAAAGGCUGUAAUAGGAUAAUAUAGACUCCAGAUGCAUGGUUUAAUUUAACUCAGUUUUCUGUGUAGCAAAAAUGUUAACCUAUACAGUUUUAGGCAAGAUUUCAUUUGCCCAAUGUAAAUAUGUAAGGAUUAUUCCAACCAAAUGGUGUGUGUAGUACAAUAGUGCACGGUGUGUAUUUUCAUUUUCAAUAGAUUUAUAUAAUUUAAAGCAUUAAAAAGCUAAAAUACUGAUGUGUUUUGUACUAAUCUGCAGUAUGUAAAAAUAAUCCAAGCUUGACAUUAUAAUAAGCAGGAUAUAUUAGCAUAUAUCUCUUGUUCUGGGUACUGUAAUAAUAACGACUAGCUUAUUAUAUUAAUCAGGUGUGUAAGCAUCUCUCAGUGCAAAUAAUAUACACACAGCGUGGAAUAAUUAUGUUCUUCUAUUAAAAAUAUAUCACAGCAUGCCAGUCAACUAUGAUUUCUCCUGAGGCAAUUUUUGAAAGAAAAAAAAAAAAUCAUAUUUCAAAUAUGUUUUAUAAAGCUGGUAAAAUUUAAAAGCUGGGCCAUCUUGUAUGUGAACAGAUAUUUUUUUUGUAAGAUCACACAAUCUUAACUAAUUGUAUUGACAGUGAAAAGACAUAUUACUCUUUCUAAGAGCGUGGAUGUCCAGUUUUAUAACGGUUACAAUUCUUAGAUUUUUACUGAUAUCUCAUCUGAGAUGAAUGUGAAUUAUUGUGGGUCUCAGUGAGUGAGGUAAAUGAUAUUAAAAGUCUCUAGUAUUCAUUACUAAAAUAAAUCAUGAAUUAAAUUCUUUAUCUGAUCUAUUCAUGAUGGGCAAGAUAUAAUGGUCAUAUUCUCUACUGUUUAAGCAAAUGAAAAAAACUAACAAACAUUUUUAAUAAAGUUGGUUAUAUUCUUAAAGGAUCACUAUAGUGUAUUCCUGACCCUAUAGUGUUUAACUCACCAUUUAGGUGGCUUGCCCCCCCUUAGCCCACCCCACUUAGCCCCCCUAUCAAAGUAAAAAAAAUCACCUUAUUUCAAGUGCCGCACGGGUCAGUUGGCGCUGGCUCCGCCCCCUUUGUGACAUCAUCAAAAUGGUCAAUUUUUAGCCAAUCCAAUGCUUUCCCAUGAUAUUCAGAAAAAAAAUAUAGUUUGUUUUUUUAUUUGAUUAAUCCUAUGCUAUUUUGUUAUACUUGUUCCUAUCCCUUUUUUCAUGUUUUUAUAUUUUAUAUACAGGAUCACCAGAUCCAUCAUGUUUUCAGAAACACAUAUAAUUUUGUCAUAUUUAUGAAAUGCAGUAUGUAUAAUACAUACUCUGCAGGAUUCUUCAUUGCCUAAUUACUUCAUCUUAUACACCUUGUGAAUUCUUCAUACAACAGGGCAACCCUUUUCAUGUGCUGCCCAUGAAUAUGAAUAUGUGACAUGUGUCCCUGAAAACAUGGUGGAUAUGGUAACCCUAGUUAAAUAUAUUGCAUUUGUAUAUUCUUUAAAGAGUUAUUUUAAUGUCCAUGACCACUUCAGUUUUUCGAGGUAGUUAUGUAAGAAGGUGUCUACCGUUCAGUUUUUGAAACACUGCACAGGGUUUUGCAUUUUUGUGACGGGGGCUAGUGAAACACUGCACAGGUAUUUGCAUUUUUGUGACGGAGGGCUAGUUACACCCCCAGCACAUGUGACUUAUGCAGCCCAAUGUGACUUAGGCUGCCUAAUGUAAAUUCUGUGCAUAUUUUACAUCGGUUAUCAGCACACACUGCUCGCAGGCAGAGCCUGCAAGGGGAGUCUUGUGUCUCUCUUCCCUCCCUGCAUGCAUGCACUCUGAACCAGCAUGGUUCAAUCUGAGGUUUCUCUGUGAGAAGCCUUUGAUUGGACUACGUAAUUGCAGGUCUGACUUUGGGGGGAAAGCAGCGCUGGGAGCUUCGCCUGACUCUAGAGUUCAAGUAAGUAAACCUAAUUUAUAACUUAUAUGCAAAGAUUGUAAUUUACAUAGAAAUAUAGAAUGUGACGGCAGAUAAGAACCAUUCAGCCCAUCUAGUCUGCCCAAUUUUCUAAAUACUUUCAUUAGUCCGUGGCCUUAUCUUAUAGUUAGGAUAGCCUUAUGCCUAUCCCACGCAUGCUUAAACUCCUUUACUGUGUUAACCUCUACCACUUCAGCUGAAAGGCUAUUCCAUGCAUCCACUACCCUCUCAGUAAAGUAAUACUUCCUGAUAUUAUUUUUAAACCUUUGCCCCUCUAAUUUAAGACUAUGUCCUCUUGUUGUGGUAGUUUUUCUUCUUUUAAAUAUGGUCUCCUCUUUUACUGUGUUGAUUCCCUUUAUGUAUUUAAAUGUUUCUAUCAUAUCCCCCCGUCUCGUCUUUCCUCCAAGCUAUAUAUGUUAAGAUCCUUUAACCUUUCCUGGUAAGUUUUAACACUGUGUCUGGUUGUUAAAAGAGCUGAUGUGAGUUACCUCACAGAUGGAAAUGGGUGGAAAAUCUCGCUUAACAAGAAAUAAACACCAGUGUUUCAGACUGUAAAACCUUGAUUUUAUGUAAUUUUUAUAAAAACAAACAGUGGAUCACAUUGUAAAAAUAUGGUCUUUACUUACUAACAUUGAAUCCGCACAAAAAUUUUUUGACAGAUGGUAAAUUAAAAUGACACACAGCUGUGUGACAUAGUUACAGUUAAAUUUAUAUGUUGAAUUCAAUCUAUAUUACCCAGACAACACAGGGUAAAAUGCUGUUAAUUUGAAAAAUUUAAUUUUUAUGAUUAUUUACAACAUAUACAUGUAUAUUCUAUAAGAAGACAAGAACAUAUACAUUUAGCAAAUACUUUACACCUUAAAUGCUAUAAAAUAAUAAUUCACAAUAAAACUUGAGGAUGAGAAUCAUUGAGUAACCAUGAUGUAUAAUGAACACAGCAGUUUCCAUUAGAAUUUUCCAUGACAUCUUUAUACCGCAGUGUGUAUGGACAAUAGAAUACAUACAACAUAAAUAAAGGAAAUCUGCUAAUUAGGAAAUUUUAAAAAUGAGCGGUAUACAAGUCAAGUUGUAACUGUUUCUUUGAAUGCAAAUUGUUAUUCAGGACCUUUGGAAUAUCCUGUUUCGAUGUAUAUGUAACUCUGGUGACACAAAUUAAGCUGUGGAGGACAGACGACAACUGUAAACAAGGAGGUGAAAGAUGUUUGUAUGAAGUAAGUAUUGCAUUAGAAUAUAACAUUCAGCAAACGUUUGCCAAUAGUGGGUGGCCAAAUUAACUAUACAAUAAAAUUGCUCAGCAAAACUCUUUAAAAUCAUCGUGGUGAUAAAAUCUCGGGAGUACUCUGCUAUUGCCAAUAUGGAGCCCCUGUGUUUUAUGGUUCUAUGUACUUUAACUAUGCUAUUAUGCUUGGCCGCUUCAUUUGAUAAUGUCAUGUGAUUUGGCAGCCAUUUUGAAAUAAUCACAAAUAUUAAAAUGUAUCAUUCAUAUUACUACAAAAUCAAGACUACCUCACCCAAACCCCUUAAAAUUAAUGUCAUGAUAAACAUAUAUGGUGGGAUUGGCUAUCUUCAAUAUAAAGACCAUAUGUCCUCCGAUUUGAUGAUUAUAUUGGUUUAUGUGAACAAUUUAGAAAAUGUCUUCAAAUAUAUUUCUAAAACACAUACAAUUGCUAUUUACACUGCUACAUUCUUUCUCUGCUGAUUGUUGUAUUCAGGGUUUUAAGUUUGGUCACUUCCAUUGCUUACAGCUGUAUUUAUUUAUAUGUAAAAGUCCAUAGGCCUGAAUUUGUGGUAGGAGUUUUCCCCAUAUAAGCUCUACCCCCCUGCUUACCUAUGCUGGUUCCUGUUAGAGCGACCCCUCCCACCACUCCCUCUAAUAACUUACUAUCAUCAUUACAUUACCUUUAGUGGGCCCUCUUUAUUACAGACCUAAUCGUACGUUGGUUUCGGCACACUACUACCAACUUUCCCUCUCUUCUCUAUUUUCAUAUACGAAUUAAGUUCUGACCACAAAUAUAUAUUUUUGCUCACAAGCUAAUCUUUCAGGUUCUGACUGAAACAUUUGCAAGAAAAUCGAUACUGUAUAAAACCUAAAACAUUUUAUCCCUAAAUUUUACUUUAUUUUAGUUAUCCCCGUACAGCAACCUAUGCCACGUAAUGAAUCUCAUGUUCCAAAAAGAUUGCAAUAAGGACUCUAGUUGGCUGACUGCAUUCUACUCAAAUCUAUAGCACUGUAACAUUGCUCUGUUGUUUAUUGUGUUUACUAACAACACAAUGCUAAUCGAAUUGAGCAGAAUUGAUCCAUUCUAAUAGCAACAAUUCUCAUCAGUACAGUGAGAUUUAUUUGAAAAUAGCUCAACCAAAUUGCUACUGAAUUUCUUGAGAUGGAGUCAAGGUAAGUUAAAGGGAUGGUGAUAAUGUUAGGGUGACUUAAGGUUGGGAUGCUAAGAGUUAUGGGUGCAUUUCCCCUGUUCUCUACCAGAGGAAAAGAAACACCCAAAUGAAGGCAUUUCACUAACAAUGCAGCUUUUUGUAAAUAGAUGAAUCAGCCAUGUUACGUGCAGAACGAACCUUUUUACACCCCCUGGCUGUCAAUUAGACAACUGGUCCUUUUACUUCCUGGUUGUUUACCUCAGUGGAGCUAAAAUCAAGAGGCAGAUAAUUGCCCAGUUAAAAAAAUCACAUUGAGCUGCAUUGGGAAGUCUGUGAUUUAACAGCCAGGAAAAGUCUGGACGGGGUUAUAAGGGAAGCGCUUGCAAAGGCUGCAGACAAGAUAAUCUGCAGCAUUUGCAAACUGUUCUUAGGCAUACUCACAAUGAAACAAUGCAUAAUUAAAUGUAUGCAUGUUUUCAUUGGAUAAAUAUUAAAUAGUGAUUAAAAAAAUAAAUAUAUAUAUAUAUUAUUUAGGAAGUGGAGUGUCUUUUUUAAAAAAAACACAUGUAACUUGUAUUAAGUUCUUGUUGUGUUUAUGUGAUGCAUUUUCUUUUAAAUGUAUUUUAAAGAUUUAUUAGUUGGCAUUACAAUUCACAAUACACUGCAAUGUGGGAGAAAAGGGCAACUUAUGAGUUACAAUCAUUGAGUCACAAUGGAAGUACGUAGUUUCAGGACAAAGACAAAUACAGCAGUGUAAAUUUCUAUGUUUCAUUUAAUUUUUUUUAGAGCUUGCGUACACAAAUUUGUGCAAACAUCCUGAGAAGUCACAAUUAAGUAUGUUAAAUAGUUGGAGGUUUGUCUACAGAAAUUUCUGCCAGAGAAGACAUGAAUGAAUAGACCAACCCUUCCCUAACUUUAGGGCUUAUUACGCACUAUAGUAGCUGUCGCAAAUCUUGUGUAGUAACAGCUGUUUCCCCACUGCAAAAUGUCAACGUUAGUGUUGAUUGUUCCUUUCACUGCUUAUGACAAAUAUUUAUGGACAAUUUUGGAAACGAGCCUUUAGCGCUGCAUCCCAGAAUGCCUUUCGUGAUGCAUCAUGCCAGGCACAAUCAUGCUUCACUAGAUGGUCUGUUUGCUAUUAUUAUUAUUAUUAUUGCCAUUUAUAUAGCGCCAACAGAUUCCGUAGCGCUUUACAGUAUUAUGAAAGGGGGUAUUACUAUAAAUAGGACAAUUACAAGAAAACUUACAGGAACAAUAGGUUGACGAGGACCCCGCUCAAACGAGCUUACAGUCUAAAGUGAGAAUGGUCAGGAAUGCAGAAGUCAACUAUGCAUCCAAUUGAGCUAUUUUAGCGUUAAAUUUGAAAUUCAUGUUGAGUUCACAUUAAUUUCCUGACAAUUCUCAAUUUAGUAAAAUCCCUGUUAGUUAUGUUUGUUAGAGGAAACAGAUACACAGACAUCUAUUGAACUGGUCGUGUGUUGUGUUUUUUGUAUUCAUACAAAAGAAUUCUAAACAAAGCAAACUAAGACAUACUCAUUAAUUUCUUUUUAGUUUCUUUAUUAGAAUUUUCUUUUUUUUUAUAAAACAGCAACAUUUUCCACGGAGCUGUACAAUAGGUUAACCAACACACAAAAGUUGCAACAAGACAAGUUCGACAAAUGUUAUCACCUUAAAAACAUAUUGAGAAUUUAUUUUUAAUUUUUAUUUUCUUUCUUCUAUCCUAACUGCUCCUCUAUUAUUUAAAUGAAAUAAACAGUCAAAGCAACACGUUGAAAAACAACUAAUUAAUUUCUAUUUUCGCUCAGACUGGCUAAUAAAAAAAAAAAUCACAGCAACAAAUUUGAAGAACAACUAAUGAUAUAAUUUCUUUCUUUAGCUCAAAUCAGCUAAUGAACAUUACGUAGUUGCAAAACAUACAAACAUGAUACACCAGUAUGUGGACGACCUCACUUUUAAGCUGAUCCCGGUUCAAGAAAUAUCUUGCCGCGUGGUGGUAUGUAUAACAGAAAUUGUAUACUACCCGUCGUAGUAUACUUCUACUAAAUACAUCUUAAAAUAUGUUCUAAAAUGUUUUAAACUAUAUUUGUCAAAUUAUUAUUAAUGGAUUAGAGGGAAACUCUUGGUUAGUGAAAGGAUAUGUUGUAACACACUUGAUAAAGGCAUUUAAAACAAAAAUAUGCAUCUACUAUUUUUCCACUGGGACACUGAGCAAGAGCUGGGAAUGAAAUAUUGGACUAUGGACUCCAGGCAUUCUACUAAAAAUGAAAAUAGUGUGAGGUGUGUUGGACUGUUUACACAGUUCAGCACACUAAAGUAAUAUGAAUUGUCCAGAGCAUUUAUUAGCCCAGUACUUUGUGGAUUUGUGUAAUGGCUACUGAGUUGUAGUCUCAAUGCUCCCCAGGGUUACUGGUCCACUAGGAUAUUUCUGGGUGGACUGAGGUACUUGAGGCUCAUCAGGGUGCCAGAGUCCAAUACAAUUAAUAUGUAUGACGCCCCUGGUGUUUGCCAUCGCCGCAAGGUGAAAUGAGUAGGGUGAAUGUAAGUAUCCACUGGAGUAAAAAAAAACCCCCAGGAAUGAAACUGCAAUGCUUUGAAAUCACUGCCUCCACACAAAAUGUAUGACCACAUCUCUGUACAUUGUGAGUUUUACAAGCUUCUGCCAGUCAAUAGUAAAAUAGGAAAUAGUAUCACUGCAGAUAUAUGAAUUCAUGUACUCAAUAACAUGGCACUGGUAUGUCCAGACUGCUAUGAUUGAAAAUCCACUUGGUACUUCACUGUAUUUCACAGGCAUUCUCGGUUUCGGAGCCGUGGUACGUAGUUCUGGAUGAUGGUAUAAACUACUGCAAUCUUCAUAAUCUUGUUGAAGGUGAGAUAUCUAAAUUAAAAAAAGAAAGAAAAAAGUUUGUUAUGAAUAGACCAUUUAUAGAAAGAUUAUUUCUUCUAAUAUAUCUGCUUAUUUGCCAGGAAGCGCUUUGGAUUUGACGCCAGGAUACAGCGAGUUAACUAAUGAUUUCCAGUGCACUCAGUAUUCGUCUGCAAACUGUACCAUUUACUAACUUAAUUAUGAUCAUGCUGAAACCAUCCAAAAGUGUUGGAUGUAAAUAAAGAUCGAGCUUGGCU